GGUCUCGGUUGCCUAGCAAUAGGAUGUAAACGGUAUCAGCCCAUAGCAGAGCUGGGACUGCCGGUGGGUAAGACUAUUUCUAUCGGUUUUAUUUUAUACAGAGGGCUAGCCAUGGCACUGCAGGCGAGGUGUGACAGUUACAGGUUACAAACAAUGUAAUACCCGGAAAAAACAGACCCUAAUAAUAUAGACAGUAAUCAUAACCCCAGUAACAAAGCGCUGCGGAAUUUGUUGGCGCUAUAUAAAUAAUAACAUAAUAAUAAUAACUUGAUCACCAGCCAAUAGCUGUGGGGGAUGGGAAUUGUCCCGGUGAAUUGAAAAAUGCAAGCCGAUGAAUGAGAGCAAUGGAAGUUACUCUUACAGAUAUCCCUUAACUGAUGGCUGAGAGUUAAAGGGACUUUUUGGACAUCAAAACAACUUUAGCUCAGUUUCCUGCCAUUUGGGAGUUAAAUCACUUUUGUUUGUGACUGACACAGCCUGCAUAAAACAAAAUGGUUUAAUUGUCAAUCAGAUGUUAACUUACUUUAGAAGUUUAUAACUCCUGCUCUGUAAAUUGAGCUUUCCUCAUUCACAGGAGGCUCCUGCAAGGUCUAGCAGGCUAUCAGAAAUUCUAAAUUAAACAGACGGUGCAGUAAAGUAAGUUUAAACAUGAAAUCUCACUUUACAGGAAAUGUUUACGAUGGCUGUGUAAGGGAGGUGUGACUAGCAACAAUGUAUUUACAGCGAGGAUCACAAGACAUUUCCGGCAGAUGUCUUAUAGCCUUGUGUCAUGGGGAGCCCAUGAGCUAGCCAGCUGGCCGCCUUAGGGAGCAUCCAAGUCAGGCAGCUGCGCAUAUUGUAGAUGGGCAGCGAGGGAGCACUGAUCUCUGUGCUCUUUUUGUUCUGCUCCCUUGCACGAACUGCUGUGAUGCCAGGAGCCAGAAUAUUACAUCACUACGGCCCCAGCAUCACUAAGCGUUUGUGCGCCCAGGGGCCGAGCAGCUACACUGGAUCCCGGUAAAAGAAUCUGCUCCAGCUCUCCCAAAGGUAGGGAAACUGGAAGGAUUUAAAUUACAAUAAAAAAAUAAUAAUCAUUUGUGAGUGUAUGAGAAAAUGUGUAUGAGUGUGUGUGUGUCAGUCUGUCAGUGAGUGUGUAUCUGUCAGUGAAUAUGUGUGUAACUGUCAGUGUGUGUCUCUAAAGAAGUGUGAAUGUGUGUCAAAUCAGUGGGGAUGUGUGUGUCUGUGAGCAGUGGCGUACAUAUAGGGGUCGCAGCUGCGACCAGGCCCAUCACUACAGGGGGCUCGGCCGCUCUGCCGACCCCUACGACCGGGUGCCCGCCAUCAAGUUUUGCGGCCCCAGCACGCAAGGCAGACUGCCAGGGGCCUCCAUUCAAGGGGUCCAUCGGGUGGCCCAUGCUGUUAGGGCCAUCCGAUGGGUAUGGAUUUUCAGGGGGCCCGGUCAGUGCUGCGGCACUUUAACAGCACGACCGGGCCCCCUGUGAUGACAUCACACGCUGGAAGGAAGUGACUGCCCCGGUCACUCCUCCCAGCAUACACAGAGCCCGCACGGGAGGAAGCAAAAGAGGGCGUCAGAGUAGGAACUCUGACUCCCAUCAACCUGAGCCACCACUGGACCCCAGGGAAAGUCACCCUCCUGCACCUAAAAGGUAGGAAACAGGAGGGUGACUUAAACAUUUUGUAUAUGUUGUAUGUGUGUGUGUGUGUGUCUGUAUGUAUGUGUCUAUGUGGUGUGUGUCUGUAUGUAUGUGUCUUUGUAUGUGAGUCGUGUGUGUGUGUGUCUGUAUGUAUGUGUGCCUGUCUGUUUGUAUGUAUGUGUCUUGUGUGUGUGUGUGUGUUUUUGGGGUUAAAUCAUUCGAGAACGGAAAAUAAUCCAGGGACCUCCUUGCACCAUCAUAACUUAAUUUCAAUUACGUUGUUAUGGUGCCUGGAGUGUUCCUUUAAUGUUGUGUUAUAUCAGACUGUGACGGACCAUCUGGCACCCCGACUGGGUGUCUCCGCCAACCAAUGCGUCCUAGUACUUCCAAGCACACCACCAGACACCAUCAGCACAGUAGUCCCCACUUCCAGCGUUACAGAUUGGCUGGGGUCUCGCCUUCCUCCACCCACCCUGGUCCCAAGACCCAGAUCCAGCUUCCUGUGGGCAGACCUCUCCUAUUCCAGAGAGUGUAGCAGGCUGCUCUUACUAUUGCAAGUGAUUAUAAUGAUAUAGUGAUAUAGUAUAGUAAUAUAGCAAUCCCCAGAGCAGAUACAGCUGCCCCCCUCCCCCCCACCCCACAUGAGAUAAGACUCUAUAUUGAGGGUAGACAGGAACUCUUUUAUUGGCAGCUACAACUGGCCUUAUAUGCAGGUCCCCAUGCAAGGGGCACUCCCCUCUGGACCAGGGAGUAGACUACAGUAAAAACAUACACACGAUUACAUUGGCUCUCAGGUCCAGGACACUCCCACAUAAAACAAGAUAAUCCCUCCUAUGUUCCUGGGAGAUAAUUGAGUCAAGCACUGUAUUAAACUCAAUUAUCUCCAGACACAGAAAACAUACAAUUUUAUAAAAUCCCCAAAAUAACUUUAAACUCACAAAACCCCCACAAAGUUACAUCCCCUGGUAGCCCUAAUCUGGGUGACCAACAUAUCCAAAAAUCACUCAGAUCUGUUCAGGGUUUCAGGAUUUUCAUGGAAGUCAUAAUUUUGACCAACCGUGCACAUGGUCCUAUGCCCAAAACAGUUCCAUGAAAUCAGUGCUAAUGGUCUGUCAAGUUCGAUAGUCUUUUACAGGUUUCCCUGCAGGGCUCAUAGUCUGUGGGCAGUAGGCUGGCAAGCAAGCUCCUCCAGGAGCACAUGGCAGAGGCAUUUCUGCCACACAUAUCAGACAAAGCCUUGUCUGUCCUUUAAAUAAAUAUAAGGGUUAAUACUUUUUUUUUUAUUAUGCUUUAGUUUCAUUGAUUUACACAAGGUAUUCUUGUGCAUUUUUAAAGCAAUGGUGGGGUCAUUCCAAAUAAAAAUCCAUGUUCAGCAAGCGGAGUUAAAGGAUCACUAUAGGGUUAGGAACACAAACAUGCAUUCCUGACCCUAUAGUGUUAAAACCACCAUCUAGCCCCCCCCCCCUCCUUCCGGGCUCCUCAUGCCUCCAUAAAUAUAGCAAAAUCUUACUGUAUUCAAGCCUGAAGCUGUAGAUCUGCAUGAUGUUUGCCUCAGAAAAACAAGCUGUCUGUUGACAUCCUCAGAAGUGGUAGCCUGAUCCAAUCACAAUGCUUCCCCAUAGGAUUGGCAGAUCGGGGCAGAGCCAGCAUGAUUCAAACACAGCCCUGGCCAAUCAGCAUCUCCUCAUAGAGAUGAAUUGAAUCAAUGAAUCUCUAUGAGGAAAGUUCAGUGUCUGCAUGCAGAGGGAGGAGACACUGAAUGUUUGGAUGCAUUUUUCUCUGAAAAGACACUGUGUACAGCAAAAAAACUGAAAGUAAUGAUUCUACUCACCAGAACAAAUUCAAUAAGCUGUAGUUGUUCUGUUGUUCUGGUGACUUUAGUGUCCCUUUAAGUUUUAUAUCACUAGGUCCUUGCAAUGUAUUUAGAGUAAUCAUAUUUCCACUAUUCCCUAUUUUUUGUUGACUUAUUCUAAUACUCCUAACCUUCUCACCUUUUCUUUUGACAAUACAAACUGCUGAACUACAUUAAUGUAAUUGUUUAUAUUUAUAUCUGUGUAAAGAAUUAUAUUAAAGAUGGCCCUGGGUGUCCGCAAAAAGCACAAAUUGCUUAUAUUUGGUUUUUGUAAUGUGCACUACAAACCACAAUAAAAAUACGUUAAUAUAUAUAUUUUUUUUUUUUCAUAUAGAAAAAUUAAAAAAAAUGAGGGCUUGGAGGUCGAAACGUUGAUUUUCUUUGUUAUGCGAAUGUAAUACACGUUUUUUCAUUUAUGCAAAAUCCAGUGAGUGCUCUCAUUUUUUCAUUUUUCUAUAUUGGAGCGCUGUGCAGCACCCUGGUUGAAUUAUCUGUGAGUGAUUUUUAGGUAGAGUGCCAGAUUGUUGAUUAUUGUGUAUGUGUGUGUGUGUAUAUACAUAAUAUAAUAUCAUUUAAAAAAAAAAAAUUUAAACUUAAUUUGUAUUGUGGUUUGUGGGUAUUACAUUGAAACAAACAUAACACAUAGAAAAAAGUGCAAAAAAGGCAUUGGUCCCAAACACAAGGAAUCUCUGAAAAAUCUCCUUCACUACAGAGUUAAUGCAGUGUCUAUAUAAUACAUCUUUAAAAUGGGGAUUACUUCCAGCCUGUAGUAUCCUUUUAACUAACAUUAUUAUGGGAACCAACAUGUCUAAUUAAAAUGUGAUUGAGUUGGUGUUAAUUAACCAUGAAGUACACUAACUCAUAAAGUAUGUUUGUUCUUUUAAUGCAAAAAUAAUAAAACAAAAUAUAAUGUAGAAUGAUGUAAGCUUAGGUUAUGUUUAACUAUUUAUAUAUAUAUAUAUUUUUUUAGAGGUCUCAGAAAAAAAGAUGGAUAAAGCCACCAAAGUGCUUCCCCCUUCCCGAGGAGUAACGAUGCUUUCGCCUCAACCUCUUGCAUCUCCCAUCGAGAUCUACAAGAAAAAGCAGAGUAAAAUGAGCAAGAAGAUGCUGGACCCAGGCCGAAAGAAGUUAAAAUCAGUAGAGACCCAGCGAGUUAUUGCAGUGCUCGAUGAGACAAUUAAAAGGUUGGAAUUGGUCAGCCUUUUCCAGUAUGCAGCCAAUAACCUGGAUCAAUUCAGCUUCAUUUUUGGUUCAAAGUUGACAGGGGCCAUUCGUGAGUACCAGAGGCUGCAGGAGAGACUGCAGAUGCAACUUAGACGCCUGAGUACAGAAAGUGAAGAAAAAGAAGACGAUUGUAUCCUGCUGGAAGGGAAAUUUCCGACUGAAAGCACAGAGUCGAAGCUCUCUGUACUUCAUGAAGGCAUUAGGAGCAAUAUAAGAAACAUUUUGAGACUUUUCCGUGAUAAUCCGGCAGCCAGUGAAACCUUGAGAUCAAAAGGCCAUGCACGUGAUCCAACAUCUCAGAAUCUGAUACAGACAUUCUCAGAUCUCAGAAGUUGCAUAUAUGAGAUGCUCUUGAAUAAUCCUUUCGAGCAGGAAGAACAAAUGCGUUACUUUCAGAAAAUUACUUCACGUGACCAGAAAAACAAGGUCAUUCUGGCAUCUUUGGAACAAGAGGUUAAUGCAGCCAUUCUUGAUCGGGAUGCUGAGGUAUUGAAGUUUACAAGAUGCAUGUCUGAUCUGGAUAGACAUGAGCAGAUUUGUAUGUAAUGAACCAUAGGAUCUUUUCCAGAAUGUGCUUUUAAAUGAAAUUUCCUAGGUUGAGUUGAACCAUGCUUUUUAAUGCAUUAUGUAGAUAAUACAUUAAAAUAUCUGCAAAAUAUAUUAAAUAAAAUACAAAAGACGUUCUUGCAUUUGCUACAAAUCCUCAGGGUUUGCAACACAUUGAAAAAGUCAUGCCAGUAAAAUGUGUUAGUAAGUGUUUAUUAUGUCUGUGUGCACUACCGUAGUGCAGUUACAUACCUGCCAACAUUGGAAGGUAUUAAAUUGGCACUGUGUUGUGUGGGCUGGCAGGGUUGCGUGUCACUGAUGUCAUAAGGUGCAGAUCCUGUCCAAAAAAGGUUUGGGCCAACCAGGAAAGGGGUGUCCAAACAAAAGGUGGAGUUAGCCUUGCCUAAAUACAUACCAGGUUGACAGUCCAUUGUUCUGGCUGUAAGAACACCUUAGUAAAAUCCUGGAUGAACACUUUAGUAAAAUCUUGUCAAACCCUUUACUAAGACAGAGGUCAGAGACCUAUGGCACAUGUGCCAUGCACGGCAUGCAAGGAUACCAAAUGCAAACAGACUGGGAAGAUCUUAGGGUCUCCUCUGAAACUGGCCAAAAAGGGUUCCAGUGGGACAUCUGCAGAACGUUCGUCACUAGCCAUGAUUGCAGGAGGUGGUGUGGGGCAGGCCUAAAAUCACCCAUUGUGGUGCUUGGAGGAUCAUUUUCUCCCAGUGCUUCUGAAGGGGAAUCCAGUUUGUGAUCUGUAUUAUUUAUUAAUACUGUGCGCUAAUGAACAGAGACCGGUUUCAACAAUAAAAACUUCUUAUACUAGCCACUAAGGGGACAUGAGGCAGCAUGACCAGGAGGGUCUAUCAGUAUUUUGUACUGCAGACAUGUCCUUGAGCUGGGACCACACUUGACCACUCUCUCAUGACCAGCUUUAUGUUUGCCAAAGCUAGCAAGUAUAUCAAUUUAUUUAUUUUCAGCCACCUGAGUGAAACAGCACUGAUCUUUAAUGUUACUUGGUGUGCUAAUGUUGUCUUAUUUUCUACCUGUUUACUCUUUACUUUCCUUGAAGAUUUCCAGGACAAAUGAAAUUAUUCGCCAGCUUAAGGUAAACCUGCAUCAUAUGGAAAUAUCGUCAGAGAAUCAGGUGAAGAACAUAACGCAAGAAUCAGAGACGCAACAGAAAGCAGACCGUCGCGCUUCUGAAAUAAAGUGUGCUAAGCUUCAGCAAGACCUCAAGCAACUAAGAUCCCAGCUUAAUGCCACUAUUGCUGAAAACCAAGAGAUAGAGAUAAAACUAAGAAAGGUAUGUGACAUUAUACCAGAUAUAAACAACCUUUUCCAUUCUAGCUGGCAUAAACAGCCAUGACAUGAGUUUAGAGUCAUGGGGAUCAAAUUCCACAACAGCAGGUAAGGUUACAUGAGCAGAAUAUUCGUACAUUAUGUUAGAGUAAACUAUCUAUGUUUUUUAUUGCCAGUUUGAGCAUUGUAAAGUGUAUUGGGUUUAUUCACAAGAAAAUGAUUUGUAGUGAAUUUUUUUUUUUUCUUCACAAUUUAGAACAAAUUAGUGGUUUGAAAAAAUUCUCUAACUCUGCUAUAGUCAAAGCUUGUCUAUUUUAUCCUGAACUUUGCAUUAUUUACUAUACCCAUGCUGUCCACCUGAACACAGGCUUUUAGGAUCAACCUAUGGACAACCUACUCAAAAAUGUCUAUAACCAAUUAUUUUGUAAAUUUAACCUGUGGGCCAUAUGGUGAAAGAGAGCACAUGUCAAGGAAAAAUAUUGCUGUUGAUGAGUAACAAUAUGUAGGAUUUGCUGCUGGCAGUUAUUGCAUAUAAACUGCUACUUCGUACAUCUUAUACAGCCAUUUAAUUGGAUUCUAUGCUGUUAGGACUACAAAUCUGUAUUCCUAACACUAUAGUGCCCUUUUGUGCCGUCCCCCCAGAAGAUGAGCAGAGCAUGAAGACGUCCAGCGUCUUUUAAGGGACUCAUAGUUCGUUAGAAUCCCAGAAGCGCCGCUUAUGGCUGUCUGCUAUUUCUUUCAUAGAAUCAUGGGAGUUAUAGUUCAGCAACAUCAGAAGGGCUGGAGUUUGGGGAAGCCUGUAAUUAAUACAUAGUUUCCAGUAAUAAUUCUAUGUACACAGUAAAGUUGACAAUGUCUGAGAAAAUGUGUACGUUAGUACUGGUUUUGUUUCACUGCAAAUUGCUCAGUUCUUUUAGGAUACCCACAUAAUGUAAUUAAUUAUAUGCUUAUUUUUACAGAAAGAAUAUAGGCUGGAAGCAGAACUGGAGCACUGGAUAGAGAAAUAUGAUGCGGAUAUGGGAAAGAAACAGGUAUGGUCAAGUAUUAGAAUGCUAUUUCCCUACUGCCAGUUUUCCAUUUAGCAAAUUGCUUGGCAAUGCACAAUAUUAAUUGACUGAUUACAUGUUUAGUUAAUACUAUAUGUUAAACUGAGAGACUCACUGGUUACCUCCUAAUAGGCAGACCUGUACUGACAGAACUAUUGUUAUGCUUUACCUUUUAUAAUGGGAACUAGGAAAUGAUCACCUGUUUGUAAAUCUUAUUUGUGGGUCCGGGCAGGACUAAGGUAGGUGAAAGGGGAAAAAGAGACACACAAAAAUUUAUGGGAAGCUGUUACACAGACGACCACAAUGACGAUGAAACUGCCGGGAGGAAUUUAGGACCGCACUUGGUUAAUGGUUUCAUAUGAUACAUAAACGUAAAACGCAUUGUAUGGAAUUAAUUUUUGUUCAUGUUUGACAUUGGGACCGGAAAGGCCCUAAAAAUUGGAAAACAACACCAAGAAGCACACUAUAACCAGUAUACCCGAUAUACCUUUAAAUCUUCUCUGUACAACGAAUUGCAUUAUAUGUUGAUGACAGGCCCCUGCGCGGGCCACAUCAUGUUAUUAAGUGGCACUUGUUGUUGAAACAAAAAUAAAGAAUUAAAAAAAAAAUUUAUGGGAAGGGGAAAAAGGUACAGAAAGGUGCUGAGGGAAUAGACUAGGUGCUGGGGGGAAGAGACACACAGAAGAGCUGGGAGGAAACAUGACAGAAAAAGGGCCAUGGAAAGGGGAAAAAGACACACACAAAGGAGCAUGGGAAGGGGAAAAAGACACACACAAAGGAGCAUGGGAAGGGGAAAAAGACACACACAAAGGGGCUGUGGGGAAAAAGAGACAGACAAAGGGACUAGGUGAAAGUAAUCGACUCACAAGUGGGUGUAAGACACAAAUGGGAAAAUGGAUGAUAAGAUACACUAAAGGAGGUAAGACAUUCAAAAAGGGAAUAAUAAACACAAAGGGGGGAAUUAAGAGACUACAGGUGAAGAUACUUUAUUUGUUUUUUUGAGGGGGUAGGGGGAAAAAUAAAUUUUCGCCCGUGUAGUCAAAAAAAAAUCAUUAUUUAUUUUUAUUUUUUCACAAUGUUAUGGGGAUGUUUGUUGCAUGCCCGGAUACAGCUAUAUAUAUAUAUAUAUAUAUAAUAUAUGUAUAUGUGUGUACAUUGCACAUACGGCCACUAGUUUUAUUCAUUAUGAAAGAGCUAUAGAAUAGUCAAGUAAUUUUGACUUUUCAGCUAUUUAUUUAUUACAUAUAGCCCCAUUAAUAUUAAAGAGAUACUAUAGGCACCAAAACAACUUUAGCUUGGCAGUCUUAGUGUAUAGAUCAUGUCCCUGCAAUCUCACUGCUCAGUUCUCUGCCAUUUAGGAGUCAGAUCACUUAUGUUUCUGUUUAUGCAGCUCUAGCUACACCUCCCCUGGCUGUGACUCACACAGCCUGCAUUAAUAAAAAAAAUGGUUUCAUUUUUAAUAAGAUGUUAACACAGGAGGCUAGUGUAGAGUCUUGAAAGCUACUUACAGAGCAGAAGAUAAGAAAAUCGAAAUUAAUCAUAAUUUUCAAUAAAGGAAGGUGUCACUUUACAGGAUGUGUUUAGGAAGGCUGUGUAAAUCACAUGCAGGGAGGUGUUAAUAAGGUUGCAUUUUUGUAUAUGAAUAAAGUAACUAACCCUGAAAACUCUGUUUCUUUCUGUGCAUAAGACACUUUUGUACAGUUUACGUUCUCUUACAUUCUAACUCCCUCUAGUGUCAAAACACAUAAUUACACUAACAGGAUUAUUCACUAAAGUAAGAAUUAAAGGAACACUGUAGCAUUAGUAAUACAAACCUGUAUUCUUAACACUAUAGUGUUUUCCUUUUUUAUUAAGGCUCAGCCCCGCACCCAAAUCUAAAUAAAAAUUGGAAAAAGGUUUUACUAGAGACGAGUCCCUGCUGUCCCACGACCUGUACCCCAUCACGUCACACCAGUGUUUCUAAAAGUUUAAUCCAGUGAGCAUUGGGAAAUAAGAGCACAUGUGAGGCAGAGCUGCGCUCCUAUUGGAGGUUAGCUGUGACAACCACGCUUGACAUGGUUCACACUGCAGAAGUUCCUUUAACAGCUGUCAGGUUAACUGCCACUAGAGACAUUAUUUGACCUUGCAAUGUAAGUAUUACCAUAUCUACUAAACUGCAUUGGUUUACAUUGCAGGGUUAAAGGGACACUAUAGCCAUCUGAACAACUUUAGCUUAAUGAGGUUGUUCAGGUGAGAACUAUAGCUCCCUGCAGCCUUUCUCAUGUAAACACUGUAUUUUCUGAGAAAAUACAGUGUUUACAUUGAAAGCUAGGAACACCUCCAGUUGCAGUCACUCAGAGUGAAUCAGAGGGACUUCGGAGUUGAUGGAGGCAUAAUAUGCCACCAUCCACUCAGAUCUGCUGUCAGCAGAGCACAGGGCAGCACUGUGCACAGCAUCCUGUGAUUCAGUAUCUCCUCCCUCUGCAUGCAGACACUGAACUUUCCUCAUAGAGAUUCUUUGAUUCAAUUUAUCUCUAUAAGAUGCUGAUUGGCCAGGGCUGUGUUUGAAUCAUGCUGGCCCUGCCCCUGAUCUGCCUCUUUGUCAGUCUCAGCCAAUCCUAUGGGGAAGCACUGUGAUUGGAUCAGGCUACCACAUGUCAGCAGACUGCUUGUUUUUCCGAAUCUAACAGCAUGCAGAUUUACAGCUUCAGGCUUGAAUACAGUAAUAUUUUUACUAUAUUUAUGCAGGCAUGAGGGGCCCAGGGGGGCUAGAUGAUGGUGUUAACACUAUAGGGUCAGGAAUACAUAUUUGUGUUCCUGACCCUAUAGUGAUCCUUUAAGGCAUCCAGACCACUUCAUUGAGAUGGUGUGGUCGUUUAGAGAUGAUUUUUAAUUUUUUUUUAAAAUUAAGCUCAAAAUAUCAACGGGGAGGGGCUGUGGGGGGACGAGGGGGGGCAGUGAAGCAUUUAGUUAGGCUACUCUGGCAUUAAAAGUGAAAUAUGCUUGUAAUCUUACUUUAGAAAACAACCUUGGGUUCACUAUAAUUAUUUCUUUUUUUGUGUCUCUGUUCUUUAAAGGAAUACUAUAGUCACCAAAACAACUUUAGCUUAAUGAAGCAGUUUUGGUGUAUAGAUUAGCCCAUGUCACAGAGAUUUUUUUUCACUAUUUGUCUGCUGGCUUCUGCUGCCAGUGGGCAAAUAGAAAACUCUUAGUCACAAAACAAAUGAAACGGUUUGUCCAUUAACCAUUUCCUGUUUUAUUAUUCAGCCACAGGUCAAUUCAGACCUUUUGGACAAUUUAUUUAUUUAUUUAUUAUUCUUUAUUUAUUUCAAAGUAAGACACUAUGAGAACGAUUACAUUACAACAUAAUUGGAAACAAUAGUACUAAGACGGAUCCAUGUUCAUACAAGGCAUAUACACAUGUGAGCUCAUAAAAAACAAACAAUAAGCACCAGUAGCAGAAUGUUAAGCGUCCGCUGCUGAUGUCUGUGUCUCAGCAAUGUCUCACCAAGUUUUUUAACAAGAAUAAAACAGUGCAAUAAUGGAAUCUGACCAUCCCUUGUGCAUAGGAUUCUGUUAUCCGGUGCCUAGGUUUGGCAGGCUAUACAAUAUGCAAGUGAGAUCGCAGUAAACAAGAUAGCUAUCCCGGCUUUCAGUGUCACCCAUUGUGCAUUACCCUUUUAGUAAUAUUACAACUUAUUACAUAUCGUGUCAUGUCUCAAUAGAGGUAAUGCUCCCGCUAUAUUUGUGGUCCAGCUGUUGGUGUUAGUCAGAGUGUAUGAUAAUGUAGUUAUAAAUGUGAAGGAAGAAAACUCGAACUUAGAGGAGAGAGAGAAAGAAAAGAGGGAGAAAAAGAGUAGGGUGAAGGAGGGAGCAGGAGAGUUCCAGGAGGGAGAAGUACAGGGAGUCGCCGGCUGUGGCGUUCGUAAGAAUUAAUUUAUUUUUACUUGUUAAUAUAUAAUACAAUAAUGAAUACUUUUUGGGUGUAAUUCUGUACGCCACUUUUAUCGCACCAAACACCUGGCGGUGAUAAAGCUUUGGUUACUGUGUGUGUUUGGAAAUAUACUUGAUGGUUUGUAAUGUAAUCCAUUGGAACACUGCCUCCACUUAUCUCUAAAUGUAAUAUUUACUCACUCAUAUUUUUUCAACCUAUAAAAAAAAUAUUAAGGAGCGUAGGUUCCUUAAUAAUGUUUCUAAUAGUUUAAUAUAUAAGAAGUAUUAAGGAGUGGAGAUUCCUUAUUUUAUUUGUGCUUUCUUUCUCUUCAGGCAGAGCUGGAAGAGAUUGAAGGUCCUUACACAGAGGAGAAAGCCCAACUGGAGGAGUUGACAGAGAAGCUGUCUGUGAUGGAGGUUGAAUACCUUCAGAUUAUGGAGGAGAGGCGACUUGCACAGCUAGAGAAGGAGGCAGCAGAAAAGGAAUUGGCCAAUAGAAACAGAGCUGCCACUGUAAUUCAGGCCCAUUGGAAGGGCUACCAAGUGCGCAAAAAAAUAAAACCUAAGAAGAAAAAGAAGAAGAAAGGGAAGGGAAAAGGAAAAGGAAAAGGGAAAGGGAAAGGAAAAGGAAAAGGAAAGGGUAAAAAAAAAUAAGAAUAAAAAGAGGCUACACUGAUUACCCAUAUUAAUGCAUCUUUAUCCAAUAUCCAUUUAAAUGAGUGGCUGAUUCCUUUCUUUUCUAAUUUUUAAUCUUUUGUUUUCUAGGUUUUUGGAAUUGGGGUGCCAUAAUUAUUUCAAUAAAUG